UUUACCAUGACAAUUUCGGCCUCCAGUCUACUGGGGGCAUUGCUGUAUUUUUUUGUUCCUAUGUUGAAAGAGGAAGUCUGCUUGUCGCAACACUGGCUGAAAGGUUAAUUGAGUGGGAGGCGGUUUGAAUUCAGUGGAGCGAAAGGCAGUGCAACUUGAAGCGCCGGCUGAUGUCGAAAAGGAAAGCGGAAGAUAUCCUGUCGUGUUGUCCCGUCAGCAAACGCUUCAUCUCGUUGUUCGUGGAUUACAAGAGCGUUGAGCCGCUGCCCAGCCCCGAGCGCAGCGCCAAGAGGAAAGUGCAGGCGGCCGAGCUGGAUCCGGGUCGGUUGCCGUCUGAGUGCAAGCGUGCGGAGGGAGCGAGGCACGGCCCGAGCCCCAGGGCCAGGGCCAGGGACAGGGACCGGGGCGGUGGCGGCGCCCGGCCGCAGGGCAUGCAGCAGCAGGCGGCUGCUCUCCAGCACCGCUCCACCAGCGCCGCUCCCACCCGCGCUGCACCGCCGCCGAAUGCAUCAUGGAAUGAAGUGUCUUGUGAGUACAAUUCAUUUCAGUUUUGGAGAGUUCCGUUGCCUAAAAUUGAGAUAGCUGAGGUCGAAGGUGUUCGGGAAAUGAAGAUACCCGAAGAAAUGAAUUGUGACGUUCCAGAAGAGGCUGCAGAAAUGGAGGUGGAGCUCCAAAACUGAGAUUGUCAUGAAAUGUUUUAAAAUAAAAUUGUUUCCAUACAUUGUAAUGCUAAGAGUUUUCCCUAGGGAAAAGGAGAGGAUGCCAUAGGCACCUUAUGUUUUUUGUAAAAAUGUUCAUUCUUAUGACUGACAAACUGUUUUUGUGUACAGCAUGUCUUGUGCUUCACGAGGUUAAGGGAAAAUAUUAACGGAAUUCAAGCUUUUAAAGGAAUUGUACUGUGCAAGGAUAAAUGUAAAUCUGCUGUCAAAUUAUAUAUAUAAAUGCGUUUUCGUAUCUGAUUCAGAAAUUGAAAUGAUUGGAGUUAUAGAUUUCAUUUCCAUGACACCUUGUCCAGGAAAACAGCAGACUUCAGACUGUCAGUAGGAUUUAUUGAUGUUAGUUUUAAAUUGCUGUUGAAACACUGAUACUAAAACAAAUGCAAGAAUCGGUAUAUCGUUUCUUGGUGUAUCAUGUAUCGGUGUAGCAUUUGAAUUUUUAAGACUCCCUCCCCCAUUGAUCUUUUCUUAUUCCUUUUUUUUUCUAGUUUUGACACUGGCAUCCUCCAGCAUCUCAUCCAAAUAUCCAUUUUCAUAUUUGAGCCUUGGUUGAUUCCUGAUGAUGCAACAAAUCCGAGAAUGUUAAACUGACGUUAAACUUUGAACCAACAGUUUAAAGAGAAUGUUUUGGGAGAGUACUUUUUGUUCAAAAUAUCUUUACAUAAAUGUUUGAAUUCUUGUGAUACCAGAAUGCACCAAUAUAAUUUUUUUUCAUCUUGAAUAUAUCCGCCACUCUGCAUUCUUAAAACAACUUCAUCAGAAACAAUCGGCUCAACCCAUGAGAACCCUGGGAUCUCACGGGAAUCAUCUAAUAGGCUGGCAUUGCAAUUUAGACACCAGAUGGGUGGCUCCAAGGUAAUUCUACAUGCUCUGUAGAAUUGUGCUGGUGGAUGUGUGGGUGAAAUCUUCUUUAUGUCAAUGGAGCUACUAAGGAAUGUUUGCCACAACUAGUAUGCAAAUUAACAUUUUUUAAACUUUUUUUCAUGAGGUCUUUAAUGUACACAAAAGAUAGAAUUUGAACAAAAACUAAUUUCCCUUCCUCACGCCUCAGAAACAUAUGUUGCCAGACAUACAACUAAUUAUUUUGUCAAAGUGCUUAAGAAUAAUAGAACAUACUUGGAGGCGGAGAAGUCUAUUUUUGAGUUGUGUGUGUGUGACAAAAUGCAAGUACAAUAAUUUAUUUUUCAGUAUAUUCAAAUUACAAAUUGGAAAAUUUGUUCUUUUGAAUUUCUACUAAAAUAAUUCCUCGUGUUUGAAGUCUUAUUUGCCAAAAUAUUUUAAUGUUUGUUUGUUAUCCUUUUCUCCAUGCAACCCCCCUCCAUCCCACCUCAAACUUUUGUAUGAAGGGAGCUUGGAUUCGGAAUCAAAUUCAUUAUUCCAUAGAUUU